CGCUCUACCGGGAGGGAGUUUGCUUCGCAUUUUAAUCGCUUACAUCGGCUAUUUUAGGAUUUAUCAAUUUCACUCAUAUUACAGCACUGCACUCCUGAAACUGUGCUCUUUAAUAAUUUGUGAUUAUUUUAAAUAUACGCACACGGAUUUUACAGAAAACGAGCUUCGAAUCACAAGCGGGACAAAGGCAACCUACGCCUCUGAAGAUCAUGAGAAAAGGGGGUUUCUCGAUCCCAGGACAAAUCAUGUUAUCAGGGGUUAGGGCCUCUCCCCGUGAACAAAACGGUGUUUAUAACGCGGUUUCCGGUCGGCGAUGUGCAGGUUAUUCCAGUGCAGCUCGUAUACAAAUAAACACACCGCCGUCCACUAAUAGCGUUUGUGUACCCGAUACUUCUGUUGACAGUUUGUACACAACUCCUCUACAAGGACCCACGCACGGGACUGGACUGCGACCCGCAUUAGGACGACCGCCGGCUAAAAGGAGGCUGGAGCUGGACAUCACAGACCAUCAAUACAGUGAGCCAGCUAAAACACUUCGAAGUCACAAAGGAGCUCUUAAACUAAAGGUCCCCAAAGGUCCCAAAACUCCAGAAAAGACCCGUUAUGACACAUCCUUGGGCUUCUUGACAAAGAAGUUCUGCCAGCUGCUGUCCCAGUCCUCAGAUGGAGUGCUGGAUCUGAAUAAAGCUGCAGUUGAGCUCAAUGUCCAGAAGAGACGUCUUUAUGACAUCACCAACGUGCUGGAGGGUGUGCAUCUCAUCAAAAAGAAGUCAAAGAACAACAUCCAAUGGCUGGGCUCCAGUCUGCCGUCACAGGGAGAGCUGCCGUCUCUUCCGAUGUCCAGUCACAGUCUGGCCAGAGAGAUGCUAGAGCUCACUCAGGAGGAGAGGCGUCUAGAUGAACUCAUACAGACCUGCACACGUAAUGUCCAGCAGAUGACUCAAGAGAUCCACAGCCAAAAAUAUGCCUAUGUAACCUAUCAGGACAUCCUAAGAAUAAAAACCCUUAAAGACCAAACCGUCAUUGCGGUCAAAGCACCGUCUGAAACGAAGCUAGAAGUGCCUGACCCAAAGGAGAGUUUACAGGUCCACCUGAGUAGCUCCAAGGGUCCCAUUGAUGUUUUCCUCUGCACUGAUGGUGAGGAUUCGGGCAGUCUGCUGCACAAUGGCCUUGAUGUAAAUGGAAAUCACACUGCCAUUUUCAAAGUCUCUCAAGAAGGUGCUUCAGGUGGAAUGGCUGAUGGCGUCAAGAUGAACGGCAGCUCAAAUGGUAGUGUCAACUGUUAUGGAUCCCUGGCUGGCAGUGCCUCCAUGUCACCCCUCAGUUCUUCCCUGUCUUCCAUUCUCCAACAGCAAGAUGAGUCUGUCCCAUUUGUGCCACUAUCACCUGCCCUGCUCAAUGAUGAAUACAUGCUGGGCUUGGGUGAUGUGCAGGGUAUAAGUGAUCUGUUUGACUCCUGUGACCUGGACAUGCUAGCACUUGAUGACUUGCUCAGGAUAUGAGCCUUCCUGGAGGUCAGCACCAGGAAAGACACCUAGUUUCGAGUUGGUUCACCAAUUGUUGGGAGUUCUUGCAUUAAACCUGUGAAGAUCCAAGGAUAAGGUAAUGGGUUCAGCGGAUAUGGAUCUGAGGAUGAGUCUAGACUUGCUGGCACAGGAUCCAUGGACUCUCUUGUCUGUGAUAUUUGCAGAUGGGUAGUUGUACCCAGAUAAUGUAACUUAAUGUAAUUAUUUUUAGCGUGACAAUUACAGGAGUUCUAUGAUUGUGUGUAAACUCGCUUUGUGACUGGCAAACCCUGCCUCCGAUAAACUCUGCCAAUUAUGCUAAAGAGUGGUUCUCAACACCGUUUUUCUCUUAAAGGAAUAGUUCACUCAAAGAUAAAUUUUCAUUAUUCACCAUCUCAUUCUGCUGAACAGAAAAUAAUUUAAAGAAUGUUGUGAUUGUUGAUUUACAUACAAUAGCCAUUGAUAGUGACUUGCUUCAAAGCUUAAAGCCCCGAAAAGUGUAAUAAAAUUAGUCCAUGUAUCUAGUGCGUCUAAAGGCACAUGAUCACUUCAGCCAUUAUUCACCUAAAAAAAUCAACUCAGUUAAAUCAACAUGUGUAUACAAUGCACAAGUCAGUACAUCAAACCACAUUAGUUCUUGCGCAUCUUGUGCCAAAACGCUAUGACACAGGAACCAGUGAGGUUUGGUCUUGGGUGCUUUUUAAGCUUUAAAGUUACUGUAAUUUGCUUUUGUAUUAAAAUCAGCAUCGCAACAUAAAAUAUCUACUUUUAUGUUCUGCAUAAAGGACAAAGUAUACUUUGGUUGUACACGUUGCUGACCGAAACUGACUAUCUAUAAGUGGCCCGGAUUGUUUCGACAUGUGGACGGUCCUUGUCUGUGCACAUUGGAGCAUGUGCCUACCGUUGACCAUACUGAAAAGUAUCUCAAAUUAGAUAUAUCGGUCUAUCCCAAAGUAGUCGUAGUGCACAUGCGUUGAAAGCACUUGUGGUCUAAAAAGUAUUCUUCCAUUCCUAGAGCGCCUCGGUCUUACAGAGUUUAGUUGCAACCCUGCUCUUGCACAUUUCACUGCUACAACUGUUCAAUCAAUCAAUCUUGCAAGACCUUAUUAAGCUGGUUCAGGUUUGUCUAAGGUUAGAGUUAAACUCUGCAGGACAUUGGUCCUCCAGGACUGGAAUUGAAUAGCACUGCACUUAUAGACAUCCAUGACUUCAUAAUCUGUUGCUUGUUUCUGUGGAAAGAGAAAAUUCUUGUCAUAUCAUAGCUAAAUAUAAAAGAAGAUCCAGUGAGUUGUUUGUUAAUUUUAACAGUACCUGAUGCUCAAGCUCUGAUGAAUUUGGUACUAUAUUAUUUGGUAUGUUUCUAGAUUCUAGUAACUGUAUAUCUCAGGGCACAUAUCAAGAAGUGAAUGCUUAUCAGAUUAAUGCAGAGUAUAAAAGUUGAAAGCUGAUUUCUAGCAGUCCUUUUCUGAGCUAUAUAGUUGCCACUUUUGCUACCAGAAUGAUUUGUGCUUGCAAAGAAUUUCUGUCCACUAGGUCAUUUCUUAUCCAUUUGGCAGGGUACUUUUUUUAUUUAAUUUUUGUAUUAUUAUUAUUUGUUUGACAAAGUUUGAAUUUAGGACAUGGUCCUAAUCUUGGUUCCCAUUAAAAUGUAAUGUAUUUCAGUAUUUGAAUUGCACUGCAGACUCAAAAGUCUUAUAAAGCCAUCAUGGUCAUCUGGCAUAACUUGCUUGUUGAUUACAUAACACGUCUUAGGACUCCCCAAUAUACAUUUACAUAGUAGGUAUCUUUAGAUAUGAAUGGCACACAUCUGGGAACCUUUUUUUUUCUCUCUCCCAAAUGUUUUAAGUUUUAUAGAUACUUAGGCAUUGGAAAUGUAUGACUUUCUCACAAGUUUCAGUUAAUUUUGGUUCAUAUUAUUGUGAGAUUUCUCAGUAUUGACCUAGCCAUUGUUAGGAUGAGGCCAUGUGUCUCUGAAGAUAUUUGACCAAAACAUCCCAUAUCCUCUCAUGAAGUUGACUGCAUAAAGUAUAAAUGGUCACAUGAUAUCCUCAUUGAACAAUGAAUCAAGACUGUUUUGAAGAGCUCCUAUUUGAGCACGUUAUUAUGGUACUCUUAAGACUACCCCAGCUGUUUGAAAGGUUUUAUGCUUUGCUUGCUUUGUUUCUGUGGUGUUUUUGUUUUCCUUUGCCCAUUGCAAUAAUGGUUUCUCUUCAGGUUUCACACUUAUUGCCCUCAUGGUGCAAAGCAUGGGGGCUUAAUUUUGUGUAAAUCAUUCGUGAAACCAUUUGUGCAUAAAUUGUCACAUUUGACUCGAAUUGAUUUAUGAACGAUUUGCACAAAAUUGUUCAGUUUGUUUCACGAAUGAGCCCAUUGUGUAAUAUAGUUGUGUUUUGGUUGUUGUUCAGUUGGAAGUUGUUCGUAAAUUGGAUAUUCUUAGCCAACAAAUUAGACUUAAACAAGUUGCUUCUCUAGUAGGGCUGGACAGUUUUUCAGUUUUUU